AUGGAGGCUCUGGCUUCUCCUGCUGCGCAGGCGUGUUCCGCCUCCGCGCACUCCUCGCUCCGCGCGUCGUCCCCCUCCCUCGGCGGAGGCGGACUGCGCAAUGCGGCUUCGCUGCUACCGCUCCGCUCCGCGGGUCUCGUAAAGAAGUCGCUAUGUCGACCAUCUCACGCUGUCGCUGCUGCUGAUAAUAACCAACGGCCGUCCGCAAUUCGCGCUGGUAGCAAUGCGCCGGACGAUGCGGCGGCAGAUGCGCUGUGCCGGCGGCAAGUUCUCGGAGCGCUGGCGAUCGCGCCGACUCUGCUGAUGGCACCGCGAAUGGCCCUCGCGGAGGAAGCAGCGGUGGCGGUGACGGGAGAAGAAGUCGCUGCGGGAUCGCCGGCGGGAUCCGCGGCGGGGGACGCGCCGCGAGUGACGGAGAAGGUGUUUCUCGAUAUUGCCGUGGACGGCGCGCCUGUGGGGCGGCUGGUGAUAGGCGUUUACGGCGAGGCCGCGCCAAUCGGAGCAGCGCGGUUCGCGCAGCUAGCCAAGGGCGUGGCGGGCGUGUCGUACCGGCGAAAGGACUUCCUCCGCCUCACCGACUCCUACGUGCAGGGCGGCGCGCUGCGCUCCUUCUCCCUCACCGGCUCUGCUGCUGAUCCUGCUGCUUUUGUCGGCGGCUUGGACGCGGAUGCGGUCGCGCAGGAGCUGCAGCAGCUGCAGAUAGCAAAGCCCGGGCCAGUCUACAACAAAGCCUACUCCGUCGCCCUUUUCGCUGUCGACCCAACCAUCCCCCCUCCGAAGCAAAAGCUGGUGGCACGAGGGGGAAAGUUCGAGGUGGUGGAAGAGGCGUUGAAACCGGCCCCCAACGGCACCGAGUUUGCCGUCUCCUUUACAGACUGCCCCGAGUUAGAUUCCACGCACCUGGUGGUGGGACGGGUGCUGGAUGGGUUUGGAGUCUUGGAGAAGGUUCGGGAGGUGCCGUUUGUGCGGGACGGCGCUGACAACGGAUUUUUCAAGUUAGUAUAUAUGGCUAAACUCGCGCUAUCUACCGCGAAGCUCAGAAUGGACCCGUACCAUCACACGCUGCAGUCAUCACUAGAUCCCUACAGUUCCGGCCCUAAUCCGUCAAAUUACAUGCAGCAACAGCACUAUCACCAGCAACACCAGCAGCAGCAACAGCAGCAGCAGCAGCAGCAACAGCAGCAGCAGCAGCAGCAGCAGCAACAGCAGCAGCAGAGUUACUACAACCCAUCAUCGUCGCUUCAACAGCCUGGCAUGCGCGACGGCCACCGAUCAGACUAUACCGCGUAUGGUUCGGCCGGCGCAUACUCUGGCCAGGGCUAUGCGGAAACGUCGCCUGGAGAGGGUGCAAUGCGAGGGAUGAAUAAGCGAGGCCUCGAUUCAGGUGCUUCCCCUUCCUCCCAUUAUAACUAUUACGAGUACCCUUCCAAACGGCUCCAAUUUGGCAGCACCAAUCCCACUCCUCUCCCUCCAUCCUCCCAUUCUGACCCCUCCUACCCCUCCUCCCUCUACCUAUCACCUGCCGCUGACGCUGCUUCUACCUUCCCCAGUAGCACCUACUACGACUCAAACGCCACAGGCCUAGGCUCUGGCGCAGAAGCAUUCUAUUCCACAACCCAGCAACAGCAGCAGCAGCAGCAGGAAGCGCAGGAGCAGGCGCUAUACCCGGUCAGGCCAGGGGAGAAAGAGUGUGCCUACUACAUGCGACAUGGCAAGUGCAGUUUCGGCGCCACAUGUCCCCCAGCCCGCAUCUUCCUCCGCUCCGCUCCCUCCUCCUCCUCCCACACUCCCCCCCUCUUCUCCCCUCUCUCUCCCUGCACUUUCUGUCCUCUUUCCCUCUCCUCCACCCCCUCCUCCCGCUCCUCCCCUCCCCAUUCUCCCCCUUCCUGCAUGCAUGCGUGUGUGUUCGUCCAUUCCGUCCCUCCCUCCCUCCGUCCCUCCAUCCCUCUCCCUCCAUCCCUCUCCCUCCAUCUUUCCGUCCUUGUGUCCUGCCUGCAUCCCUCCUGCCACCUGCAGUUUUACAUGAAAGCUGGGACAUGCAAGUUUGGCGCGACCUGCAAAUUCAAUCACCCGCCCGACCGCCAGCAGCAGCAGAAACAGCAGUCGAACGCGGGGGCUUCUCAUGGGAACUACAAGCAGCAAGGCACAGCUACUGACGCAGCCGCCGCCGCCGCCGCCGCAGCAGCAGCCGCUGCAGCGGCAAUGGUAGGCCCUGCGGAACGUCCAAAGAAUAGCGUUACAGGAGCAGGAGCAGCAGCAGCAGAAGGAGGAGCAGGAGCAGGUGGGGAUGAAGGGAGUGGUGAGGAGAAAAUUAAGGGAUUGGUUGGCGAGGAGGGUGAGGGGGACGAGAAGGGUGUUGGGGAAGAGAAGGAGGAAGGGAAGGAAAAGGAGGGGAAGGAGAGGAGUGAGGGGGAGGAAGGCGGAAAGGGUGCUACUUUGGAAGGUAGAGAGAAUAGCAGUGGUGGUGGUGCUAGUGAUGGUAGUGGUGGUGGCAGUGGUGCCGAUGCUAGUGGUGCCGAUGCUAGUGGUGCCGGUGCUAGUGGGGGUGGUGCUAGUAGUGGCGGCGCCAGUGGGGCCAAGGGCAAGGGGCAGUUUGGCAAGCCAGCCGCGCUCAACUCAGUGGGUCUGCCUCUCAGGCCGGUGAGUCAGCACGGGGGUGGGGGAAUGGGGGCACAGGGGUAA